AUGGUCAAAAAUAGCCUUAGUUUCCAAAACCAAAAAUCUUCUCAGAGCAUUGAAGAACUUCCUAUAGAAAGAGAAAGAGAAGAACAAAUUACUAAUCUUGCUCCUAAAAAGCAUCAAAAAAUUCCUUUUAAUCAAGGUUUGAAACAGAUACCAAAAAUAGGGCGGACUUGUAGUCUUAAUGACUCAUCUACGAUUUUUGAAAAUCUUGCAAUUGGCUGUGUUAUUAAUUUUCUGAGAAAAUUCAGCCCUUCUCCUAUUGAAAAUAUAGUGGAACAUGUAAAAUCCAAUGAGCAUUCACUCAUAAACUCAGUCAAAGGGAAAUACAAAAAAAACGCUUUUCAAACUGUGGAUUAUGUUUUGACAUGGUAUCCAAAAAUUUUCAAAUUAAAUGACAGUUUUCAUUACUACUUGAAUGUAAAUAUUAUUUAG